UCAUUCCAACAUGUUUUCUCUUUUACACGUGUAGACAGCGAGUGAACAUUUCAAACAUGGCUGCGUGCAGUGUGGAAGCGCUGCUGGCCAAAGCCGAGCAAGAAGAGGCCGAGAAGCUCAAAAGUAUAUCCGUCCACAAGGAGCUCGACCUGGAGUUUGACAUCGGAAACCUGCUGGCAUGUGACAAAAACCGCGUCGAGCCUCGGCAUUUCAGAGAGCAGAAGAAAGACGAGUUCCUGCUGGCGUUAGCCCGCGGAAACACGCAGCUGCUCGUCAACGAAGUCUGGAAACAGCCCACGGAGAGAGUCCAGGAGGCGAUAGUGGUCAAACUACCGGACACCGUGACCCCUUUGCCCAGAGAGAAACCCCCUCCGAAGCCCAGACCUCCCACGAAAUGGGAAGAGUUCGCCAAACUGAAGGGCAUACAGAAGAAGAAGAAGACCAACCUGGUGUGGGAUGACACCGCGAAGGAGUGGAGGAGGCGCUGGGGCUACAAGAGGGCCAAAGACGACACCAAGGACUGGCUGAUCGAGGUGCCUGAAACCGCGGAUCCCAAUGAGGACCAGUUUGCGAGACGCGCCACCGCGAAGAAGGAGAGAGUGGCGAAGAAUGAGUUCAACAGGCUGAAAAACAUCGCCAGGGCUCAAAAGAUCAAGCUCCCCGGUGUGGGUCUGACCCCUGUUGCCCAGCAGUCCAAAGACGACCUGGCGCGGGCUGUGAGUGUGGCCAAAACCUCCACGGCGUCCGCGGGGAGGUUUCAGGACCGCCUGCCCAAAGAGAAAGCGCCUAAAAACCAAGGCAAGAAGAGGAAAUUUGAUCCCCUCAUUGGGGAUUUUUCAAACGAGAAGAACAAGCAGCUAGAGCUUCUGAAACUAAUGGACAGUAAGAAACCAAAGCUGGACAUGACCAAGGCUGUGAACAAGCAGAUGAGAGAGGAGGACAGAGAGGAGGCCGCGGCGAGGUACAAGAAGGGAGCAGGGAAGAAAGGACGCAAAGGAAACAUGGCAGGAAAAGGCAAAGGAAAAGGUGGAAAAGGAGGUAAAGCUGGAGGAAAAGCUGGAGGUAAAGCUGGAGGAAUGAAGAGAGGGAAACCUGGGAAGCGCUGAGAGACUGUGACUGUGUGGGAUGUGUUUGUGGGGCAUCAAAACAUUGGACUGGACUCAAAAGAUGUGACUGUGGGGGGGGGGGGGUGUCACUUUGCAGGGUUUUUUUGUCACUUUUUCAGUGUGUUUAUAAAUAAUCAAACCUGUAAGACACCUGUCCCACUCUUCUUGGAAACAGACUGAUUGAUAUUUUUAAUAUUAAUGUAAAAUACAAAAAAAAAAAAAUCAAUAAAAACAAACAUGUAUGUUGUUC